UGGAAGUCAACACCCCAAACAAGUCAACACCUGAACACCAAAGCCAAAGGCAUGAACACAACACAGAAAUCGCAUGUUAAUAGCAUUCACCAUCUUUCCAAAAUACCAAAACGACGAUGAAUCACCAAAUCACAGCCCUCCUGCUCUGCUCCAUCCUUCUCUCCCACGCCCACUCCCACCCCCACACCGUCUGCAUCAUCGGCAGCGGCAUCGGCGGCGCCUCCGUCGCCCAUUUCCUCCGCCGCUACUCCCCGCCCCACGCCGUCUCCCAGAUCGCAAUCUUCGAGCGCCACGGCGUCGUCGGAGGCCGGAUGGCCACUGUUACCAUCGCCGGCGAGACCUUCGAGGCCGGCGCAUCCAUUCUCCACCCCAAGAACUACCACGCAUGGAAUUACACCCAGCUCCUUGGUCUUCAAGCCAAGGUACCGAAACCCUCCGAUGAUUCUCUCUCUCUCGGCAUAUGGGACGGCCGCCAAUUCGUCUACAAGACGCUCAAUUCCAACUCCAAACUGCCAAUUGUCCACCGCCUUAUCUCGAUUGCUAAUUCCAUCAUCAUGGCGUUGAGAUACGGCGUCUUUUCGCUCUUUCGGAUGAGUAGCUUCGUUGAGGUGACAGUAAAUAAGUUUUUGAGGUAUUAUGAAGGUUUUGAAUCUCGACCGGUGUUUGAGAGCGUCGAAGGAAUGCUUAAAUGGGCUGGACUGUUCAAUCUGACAACAAUCACUUUAGGAGAGAAAUUGGUGGAAGUUGGAUUGUCUCCUAUACUCAUUCAAGAACUUGUGACUGUGAUCACCAGAAUAAACUAUGGGCAAAGUGUGAAUAUGAGUGGACUUGCGGGUGGAGUUUCCUUAGCUGGAUCUGGAGGUGGUUUAUGGUCAGUUGAAGGAGGGAACUGGCAGAUGGCUGCUGGAUUAAUCAACAAUUCAAAUGUUGAGUUGCACCUUAAUGAAGAAAUAGAAUCUGUCUAUAACCUUGGAGAUGUUUAUGAGCUGAACUCCACAAAAGGAAAGAGUUACAACUGUCAAGUCACAGUGGUGGCGACGCCUUUGGAUGAAGUCAAUAUUCGUUUUAAUCCCGCAAUAGCAAUACCUCCAAGAAAAUUACAGCACACACAUGCAACUUUUGUUAGGGGCCUGUUAAAUCCUGCAUAUUUCGGUCUGGACCUGGUAUCCGAUGUCCCAGAACUGGUUGGCACCAUGGAGAUUGCCGAUCUACCAUUUACAAGCAUCAGCAUUCUUAAGCAACAUGAGAAAGAUAUGACCUAUAAGAUAUUCUCCCGGGAAGCAAUGGCAGAUGCCUUACUUGAUAAGAUAUUCAGCGUGAGAGUGGAGACGGUCAGGAUCGACUGGGCUGCUUAUCCUCAUUACCACGCACCGGAGGUCUACGCUCCCUUUAUUUUAGAUGGUAAGCAUCUAUACUAUGUCAACGCGUUCGAGAAUGCAGCUAGCACCAUGGAAACAAGCGCUGUUGCAGCUGAGAACAUAGCACGCCUAAUCCUUUCAAGAAUUGUUGAAGAAUCGGACAGCGCUUCGCCAAACUUGAAGAGCUUCAGCGGUGAUUCGUCGGGGCUGCAUUCGGAACUGUAAGAAGGUGCAUCUUGCUGCUGCUCGUUGAGUGUGAUACUUAAAUGUUUUAAGAGCUUAUAAGUUGUCAAA